UAUAAGCGUGUAACGUUGACUGUGAAUGAAGGCGGUUUGUCUCCGUUAGCUUCCCCGGUUAGCUCAGGGCGUUGUAGCUAACGCCGCAGUGCUAAGCUAGCGGAGCAGCCGCGGUGCGUGUCGGGAAAGUUGAGCGGCCACACCGAGGGAAGUUUAGCGUCCUCGGCUCGGCUCCAGCCUCAGGGCGCAAAAACAGCUUAAAGUUAACGCGCCAGUCUCCGUUAAAACCUCUGACAGGUUUAAAGCUUCACUCUAAUUGUUUUCCAACCGCCAAUACAACUGAGCCCUGCUGGUUUUACUGGACCUGGUGAAAAUGUGGCUGCACUGAGUCUCCGCGUCCGUGCAGACCCCUGACUGAGCUCCGUGCAGACCCCACAGAUGGAGAAUUACAGCAAAGCUCGCACCGUGGAGCAGCCGUGCGCCUGUCCGUUCCCCGGCCUCGCCGCCGACACACCGGAGAUCCACGUCAAAGAUGGCAGCAAGAUCCGCAACCUGCUGCGCUACGCUCUGAGCCGCAUGGAGGCCAAAACCCGAGCGGCCGACGAGGAAGUACGACCUCAACCCGAGGAAGGCGGCGUAGAAGCACCGCAGGAGGCCCCGGGCCGGCCGCUCUGCAGACAGGUCGUCUUCACCGCGAGCGGGAAGGGCGUCUCCAAAGCCAUCACGUGCGCGGAGAUCGUGAAGCGGCGUGUGAAGGGGCUGCACCAGCUCACCAAGCUGCUGUACGGCACCGUGGAGGAGGUGUGGGAGCCGCUGGAGCCCGCCGCUGGCCUCGACAGCCUCACGGUCAGCAGGAACCUGCCUGUUAUCUGGAUCCUCCUUUCCAGAGAGCCGCUGGACUCCAACCAGCCGGGGUACCAGGCGCCGGGCCGCUACGACGCCCUGUGGACGCAGGCGGCCAACAGGGAGGAGGGCGGAGGGUUCAGCGGGCAGAGACCUGGACACAGGAGAAAGCGAGGAGGGGGCGGUGGCGGCAGAGGGAAAGGAUCCGGCCGUCAGAGCGGUCGGUCGAGAGAGGCGGCCAAAGGACAGAGUUGAUUCAGAUUCCUGAAGCAGCUGUUUGGAGCUCGGAGACGCAGCUGUCAUCACAGCUGCGCCCACGAACGGGGAGUUUGUGUCCGUUUGGAUCUAAGAACUGAACACGUCUGAGAAGAUGACCUCACAACGGAGGUCCCGCAGAGUUAAACCAGCUUUAAGUUUCCCGAGUUUAAUUUGUGUGUGAGCGGAUAAGAAAGCAGGAGGCGAGUGUUUCUCACACUGAACUUUGCUGUUUGUAAAAUAAAAACUUCAAAAACCAGAAAAAACAUCCGUCUGUAAUAAAACUUAUUUUAUUUACAAGAA